CCCCGGAAGUGAGCUCGGAGGAGCCCUCCCUCCUCCAAGAUGGCGGCUGCCGAAGAAGAUUUAGAGGAGCCGCGGCUCUCCGAGCUGUUCGAAAACAGCAAGCAGCUUCUCGAUGAGGUGGAGGAAGCGACGGAUCCCAGCGGCUCCAGGAUGCUCCAGAAUAAGGUGGUCAAGGGAUUAGAAUUCCUUAAGAAGGCAGCCGAAAUGUUAACGCAGCUCGACUUGUUCAGCCGCAAUGAAGAACUGGAAGAGAUUGCUUCCGCCGACCUCAAGUACCUGAUGGUGCCCGCAUUCCAAGGAGCGCUCACCCUGAAGCAAGUCAACCCCAGCAAGCGUCUGGAACACUUGUUUGAGGCUCGAGAACACUUUUUAAACUACUUAACUCAGUGCCAGUACUAUCACGUGGCAGAGUUUGAGCUCCCGCUCAUCCGAAACAACACAGCUGAAAAUAACACGGCCAGUUCCUCCGUGGCCUAUCCUAACCUCGUUUCUAUGGCAACUCAAAGACAGGCUAAAAUAGAGAGAUACAGAGUAAAGAAGGAGGUGGAAAAUAGGCUGUCUGCACUGAAGUCUGCUGUGGAAAGCGGUGAAGCAGAUGAUCAACGUGUUCGUGAGUUUCAUAUCCUUCAUCUUCGGAGGUGGAUUAGUAUCAGCUUAGAAGAGAUUGAGAGCAUUGACCAGGAGAUAAGGAUCCUGAGAGACAAAGAUUCUUUCAAAGAGGCAUCUACGUCCCAUUCAUCUCAACAAGACAAGCCUGCAAUGAAACCUUUCAUUCUCACUCGGAAUGUAGCCCAAGCCAAAGUAUUUGGUGCUGGAUAUCCAAGUUUGGCAACGAUGACAGUAAAUGAAUGGUACGAACAACAUCAGAAGUACAACACAUUACCAGACCAAGGAAUAGCCAAGACAUCAGCCGAAUUUAGAAGAGCACCUGAGGAACAAGAAGAUCAGGAGGAAACGGAGGAGAAGGACGAUGAGCAGACACUUCGCCGAUCUCGGGAGUGGGAUGACUGGAAGGACACCCAUCCUAGGGGCUAUGGCAACCGGCAAAACAUGGGUUAGUCUUCUCGCAAGAUGGGUAUUCAGGGGCACACAUCACCCCAGCAAAGAACACUUUGCAGUCUUCCCCACCCCAGACUUCUGCUUCAUCUGUGUACAGCAGAGGCAAAGAGACUCUUGCUCUCUGUUCAAUAAAGUGUCAAAUGAUCAUGUGUUUAUACCCUU